GGCCUUCGCAGCCACAGUCAGCAACGGUAGACGGUAGUCGGCGGUCGACAAUCAUCAUCAUCGAAGCGAGUAGUCGUUCGUCCGUAUUCUGCUUUGCAUGAUCUCGCGGUGCCUCUCGAUUAUUCGUCAAAUUUCGGCCGAGAGAAAUCUCGGUUUCUCGGUUCGCAAAGUGUCGUACAGGCUAGGCCUUUCCCCCUCUCUCUUUCGGUCGCGUUGACGACGAUCACCGAAUAGAAUCGGGUCGACGGGAGCACGAGACGAGCGUGUAUCCGCUCGUGUCUUCUCACUUGUCGACGUUAACCAACAGGACGCGAUGCGAUCCGCUAUUAGAAACUCGCGUCGAAUCUAAUCUCGCGACACGCGACGCGCGCCUCUCGCGAUUUUGACCUUCGAGCCAGGCUAGCAUAUGCGUGCGCGAAGCGGAGAGGUGUGAGAGGUUUCUCCUAAAUGCGCCGCCGAUAAUCGUGGCGUCUUAUACGCGACGACUGCACGCAUCGCGUUCCAUUGUCAUUGCAUCGUGUUGUUGUCGCUGCUGUCGAUCGCAGUGCCGACGAUGCCCGCGCGACUCAGCAAGUUAUCGAUCGACGCGUCCUGCAUGGAUUACGUGCACCCAUGGACAGACUCCUGCGUUAGCGCGACCACUGGUCUCGGUUUGCAAACUUUGCAAGAAUCCCUCAAGAUAUACACCACUGUUUACAUAAUUGCAUUUUUAAUAAAGAGGAAAAUACCAUCGAAAAGGGACAUUAAGAAAACUGUAUUAGGUAUUCUUCAAUCUGCGGCAUUUCUUUCAUGGAGUGGCUUUUCUUAUUCAUUGUUUAUUUGUUUGUUAAGACGAAUAUUGGGACGCUUCUACUUCCCGACUGUAUCUUUCCUUCCGUGCUUUUUAUCUAGCUUAUCUGCCAUUGUGAUAGAAAGAUCUUCUAGACGUACAUUAUUGUGUCUCUAUGUGUCAAACGUUGCAACGGAAACGCUCUUUAGAAUGGGCGUGUGGAGAGGAUAUUUUUCGCCUAUUCCAAAAGGGGAAGUCUACAUCUUCGCUGUAAGCGUAGCUGUGUUACUAUAUUUCUUCCGUUCAAAAAUAAAUAAACAGGAUCAACUAUAUAAGAUACUUAGGAUAAUCGUUGGACGGUAUGAAGAGAUUGAAUGUUUUAAAACAAAUUUACAAGCAUCCUCCAGAAAUAUCGAAAUUGAUGAUGCAGACAACAGUAAAGAUAUACAAAGGAGCAGCUCUCAAAAUUACAAAUUUAGUAUUUUACGAAAAUCUUUCGAAGCAUGCAAAUGUAUCAUCGAUACCUUAAAAGCGCAGAGUAAACAUAUCUCGUGUCCACAUCCUUAUAGCUGUGCUCAUUAUAUUUUAGUGGAUAGCGCAAGAAUCUUCAGUUAUGGUGUUUGUGGCCAAGUAGCACUUAAACUAAUUUUCCAAUUUAAAAGAUUACUUCAGAAGCCAAAGUUAUUAAAAAUGACCAUUUUCCAAAGAGAAAAUCUAAAUCUGGCUAUAUUCCUUGGAGGAUUUACUGGCCUUUAUAGGCUAAUAUCAUGCUUGUUGAGAAGAAUCUUCCAUAAAGAUUCACACACUUAUGCUAUUCCUGCUGGACUUGUUGCAAGCAUAACAUUUAUGGCAUAUCCUAAUACCACAGUGGCCUUAUAUUUCAUGUGGAAGGCAUUACAGUUAUUGUGGAAUGAUGCAACAGAAAAUGGCAAAGUACCGGAAGUAAAAUGGUUCGUGAUCUUUUUAUAUUGCUUUAGCACAGCCACUCUCUUUCAUGCAGCUAUAAUAGAACCACAAAAUUUGAGAUCAUCUUAUUGGAAAUUCCUUUACAAAGUGUCUGGUGGAAGAAUAGCGGCAAUGUCCCGAAUCGCCUUAAAUGAGUUCGGUUUAGAAACCAGCAAGAAUUUACAGGAAGUGCUUAGAAAAACAAAAACAACGGAUCAAAUUAAUUUUUCUUUCUAAAGUGGCGAGCACAAAUGUCAAAAAUGGCUAUAUAUAUAUAUAUAUAUAUAUAUAUCUUAAUUUUUAUUUUCCUUAAAAACGUAAUUUUCAGAACCAAAGACAAUAAAUAGAGAAAGAAUGGGAGGUAGAGAUAUCGUGGAUAUGCAUUCUUUGAAUUUAUCGUUAAUUAUGCAUGUAUAAAAAUCUAAUUCUGUUAUAAGCUGCGAAAUAUGAAGAAACAUAUUUCUCAACAUAACAAUUUAAAAACCAAUAUAUUUUUUUAUAUCUAAUUUAAUGGUGCUUGGAUGUUGUGAUAUUUAAAAAAAAACUUAAUAUUUGCGCGCGCGCGCA